CGGCGAAACUACCAUCGAGUGAACUGGGAGCGGUUCCAGCAGUGCGUCGACAACUCCGUUGAUUACGAGGUGCGUCCGGAGACGCCGGAAAGUAUCGACCGCCAGCCGUGCGCCAUCGAAGAGGCAAUCUCGGUGGCCAGAAAGCAGCAUGUCCCGACGGCUCGGCAGCGCUCAGACUAGUAUCAGCGACUAGUUUAGGCUGAGGAUAAGAGCUUCCAUGUCUCUCUCGCGCUCUCCAGCCUCUCAGAGAUUGGUGUGGUCAGACGAUGUAAGAUUGCAGAGAGUUAAUUAUUGUUGAUGGGGGAGAUAACGUGAAAAAUUCAAUACACCUAUGAAUGGAGUAACAUUGACGACGUCGACGACCGACCGUGGACUCGAUUGGAUGUUUUCGAAUUUGUUGUUAGCUACACAGUGACUGUCGCGAAGGUACCGAUAGCAAGCAUAUAGAUGCUUUAAUCUCACACAAUUUGUAAUAUAGGAUUGUUAUCGUCCAGUCAGAAACGAUUGCCCAAGCUAGAGCGCAAGUUUGUAUUUUGUCAGAGAAUGUCGCAAAACUUCUUCAAAUCCACGCGCAAAAUUAUUGGCGCUGGCGUAAAUUACAAAGAGAUCUUACGGCUGACAAAUGCUUCUAAACCAGACAGUCCGGUGAUAUUCUUCAAGCCAAUUUCCACGCUGAUUUCGACUGAAGAAGACACUAUCAAGGUUCCCAAGGUUUUCGGCGCCAUUAACUACGAAGCCGAGCUGGGAGUGGUCAUUGGGAAGAAGUGCAACAAUGUGAGCCCUGAUCAGGCCUUGAACUAUGUGGCCGGUUACUGCCUAGCACUGGACAUGACCGGCAUGGAUUUCAUUCUGGAUGCCAGGCCGAAGGGGCUACCCUGGUGUUUGGGGAAAGGAUUUGACACAUCCACGCCGGUGAGCAGACUCAUAACUCCCGAAGAGUUGGAGAAUCCUAACGAUGUGCGGGUGUGGUGCAAAGUGAACGAUCAACUUAGGCAGGAUGAUAAGACGAGUAAUCUGAUUUUCACUAUCUCGGAACUGAUUGCCUACACGUCCAAAUACAUGACGUUGGAGGAAAACGAUCUGAUACUCACAGGAACCCCCGCUGGAGCAGGGCCCGUUCGAGAUGGAGAUGUGCUCGAGUGUGGGAUUGGUGAUAUUAUUCAAAUGAAGUUCAACGUCAAAGAUGAGUAAGUGUUCACUGGAUUUGCUACCAAUUGGUAUUGUGGUCAAACCACUAGAGUGUUUAUGCAUUUAGCCAAUAACAUUGUUAUGUUUGUUUUAUCCUGUAUCAGAUUUUAAAUAAAACUAAGCUUCCUUAUCACAUUUAAGUUUCUGUUGGAAGGUACUAUUACGA